AUGCGUCUCUGCGGAAAGGUCAAUGAGCUCGCGCUGCAGCCUCCAGCUUUCCGAACCUUCUGCUCGCCUGUGCAGCUGUUGCGAUCGCGUUUCCGCGCAAAAAAACUUCCAAUGUCAAGGAAAGAAGAAGAAUUGAAUUACCAACCAUUCGUGUCGGCCGGCCAGCACCUGCAGAUGAGUGGCGAGCUGAAGCCCGGCGUGUCGGUGGCGGCGCAGCAGGGCAUGUACUUCAGCCAGCAGACGGCGCCUCCGUCGAGCGAGAGCUACAGCGUGUCGCAGUCGCAGACCAUCAACUUCACGCAGCUGAACCUGCGGCAGCGCGCGCCGGGCGGCGGGCGCGGCGGCGGGGGCGGCGGCGGCGACCCGCCCACGUCCCGCCAGCAGCAGCAGCAGCAAGCGCAGCAGCAGCAGCAGCAACAGCAGCAGCAAGCGCAGCAGCAGCAACAGCAGCUGCUGCAACAGCUCAGGGUGCAGCAGCUGCAGCAGCAGCAGCAGCAGGCGGCCCAGCAGCAACAGCAGCAGGCG